AAUGCACCCUUAACACGUGCAUUUUCUAAUUUCUGUUAGUUCGUGCUAUGUGAUCUGAUAAACAAAUCAAAAAAUAUUUAGGAACAUUUCAGUAUACUUUUAAAUUAAAAUUUCAAAUAAUGUUAUUAGAAAUGGCAAAUAAGUUUAAUUUUAAAACGGUGCAAAAAAUACUGUUAGACGAAGAAAAAUACAUUUCAGAUGUAUUUGAAAAAAUGUGUGUGCCAAUGGUAGAAAGAGGUCUUAAAGAAGACGAAGAUCUCGAGAACAAUGAGGAACAGCAUUUAAAGAAAGCACCGAUGGGCGAUAAGAAGUUAAAAAGAGCCCAAACUUUCGAAGAAUUAUAUGCACGACUUAAUGAAUUAAAAAGUAAAGGACGGCUGGAUUAUAAAGAUCGAAAUUUAAAAAAAGGAUUAAAAAGUAGAAUAAAGAAAAAAUCGAAAAAAGAGGAGCGUCUUACACAAAAGAAACUUGCAAGAACAGAACAAAUAGCUGCUAAUUCCUCUAAAAUUAAAGAGGAAAAUGUCGAAGCCUCAAAAAUUCCAAAACAAAAGCCAAUUUUUAAUUCUGAAGGGCAUAUGGUUUUUAGUAAAUUUGAUUUCUCUCAAGUUGGCACAAAAAGGAAAUUAAAUAAUGAAAAGAAUUCUAAAAAAAUAUUACAGAAGAUAGAAAUGAAAAAGCAGAAAGUUAAAGAACUGAUUGAAAUUGGAGAAGUUGAGAAAGCCGAUGAAAUUAAAGAAAAAGAUGCCUGGAACGCUGUACUGGCAAAAGCCAGAGGAGAUAAGAUAAAAGAUGAUCCAGAACUUUUGAAAAAAUCAAUUAAACGAGAAGAAAUGAAGAAGAAACAUAGUGCAAAGAAAUGGGAAUCAAGAAUAGAUUCUGUUCAGAAAACCAUUCAAGAGAAGCAACAAAAGCGUCAGGAGAAUAUAACGAAAAGAAAGAAGGAAAAGAAACUUAACAAAUUCAAAAAGGCUGCUAAAAAAGGAAGAAUUGUAACAAAUUGAUAGGUUUAGUUUCAUUGUAUAUUAGGAAAAUAAUUCCAUAAAAUAUAAAUUUCUUUUAAUUAUA